CUCGUGAGCAUUGGAUGCUGGUCAUUGAGCAGGUGUUUGACCUCACCGGUCUUGAUAAAUUGCCAAGCAAAACAAACAGCCCACAGACUGGUGGACCAGAACAAACAUGUCUGGAGAUUGUUGAUGAUGAUUCAGAUGUCAAAGUCAUCGGCGUUUGA